AUGGGUGGAGCAUCAAAUCAUCACUCUUCUAGUGGCAGUGCAGAUCAUUUAGUUGGUGAAGUAAUUUAUAUUCAUGGGAAUCCAUAUAAAUUUAAACGACGUUUAGGCCGGGGUGGUUUCGGUGCUGUUUAUUCAGCUACAGGACCCGAUGGUGUUGAUGUAGCAGUUAAAGUAAUUGAUAUAAAUGGAGUGCCGUCUCAUAUGGGCGGAGCUCUUGUCACGUCAUAUUUAACUGAAGUUAGACAUCUCGAAAAAUUACGACAAGAAUCACGUCAUGUUGUUCAUAUUUAUGAUUUUGAUUUUGAUCCUGAAUAUGGUCAAGGCUAUAUUGUUAUGGAAUUAGGUGGCGAAAGUUUAGAAGACCUUGUUCAUCGUUUACAUGGAAAGACUAGACGUCGAAGAAAACAUGAUGCAUAUAUAGAUCCAGUUAUUCGUCAACAUAUUUGGCGUCAAAUGCUCAGUAUUGUUAGAACACUUAUUUCAAAUAAUGUUGUUCAUAUGGAUUUAAAACCAGCUAAUUUAAUUUUAUUUGGACAAACACUUAAAAUAAUUGAUUUAGGUUUAGCACAAAAACCUGAAGUGAUGGGUCAAGCUGGUGGAGGUACGGAUAGAUUUAGUGCACCCGAAGUAUUGGAUCAUCCCUCCGCUCAUGGUCAGCCCUAUGGUUCAAAAUCUGAUAUUUGGUCUUUAGGUGCUAUUCUUUAUUACAUGACUUAUGGCAAACCACCGCAUUAUCAGGCACGAGCAGCAGAUCCUCCACAUAGACAUAAACCUUCACGUGAUCGUGAGCUAGUUGAUGUUCUUCGUCGUACACUUGUCCCUGAUCCUCGCGAACGAGCUGAUAUAUCUGCACUUUUUCGUCAUCCAUAUUCAAAUCGUCACAAAUAA